AUGGAAAUUAAUCCUGAAGGAGGAAAUAGCAACAAAUUAACAAUUUUUCAAAAAUUUGUGGAGGAUUUAAAAAAUAAAGCUACUGAAGAGAAAUUAGAGCUUAACCUGGCAUUCCAUAAGAUAUACCAGCCUGAUGAAAUCAAUUCACAUGAGUUUCUAAAAUAUGCACAAAACACUGAAAUGCCUGAACUUUAUCGCCUUGAGCUGAGAUAUAUUGACGAACUUAUUUGAAAUGAUAUUGAGGAUGCAAAUAGAUUUUUCAAAAAUUGUUUCCCGAUAGCAGUCAAGUAUCUAUUCCUUAGUGGAGGGGAUUGGUGAGACAUCUCUGCUUUCCAUCCAGGAUUACAAUCUCUUCUCUCCAAAGUAAGAAGUCAAAUCUACCUGCUACAAUUCAAGAUAGAGCCAGCUAGUCUAUCUCUUAUCAUAGAAAGUAGUUGUAAAGUCAAAGAACUGACUUUCUGAUUUUGAGAAUUUGGUGAUAUUUCUCUCGAAUCCUUUGUUCUCAAUCCUGAGCUUACUUAUGAAAUAAAAUAACUUGAACAUGUUUAAAUCAUGCCAAGAGAAAGACACAAGGUUUCUUAAUGAUGAGAAACUAGAUGUAAUCAUUGAGCAAAUGUCCAAGACAAGUCUGAAAGACUCACUCCGGCAUUUUGCUUUAGAUGAACAAGACUAUGAAGCUGAUGAGAAGCUUGAGAUUUUUGAAAAAUUUGGCUUUAAGCUGGGGGUCUACCUAGAUGAUGACCUUCCAAGUCCUGGAAAUGCAAGAACCCAUAAAGAAUAUCUGGAAAGUUUAGAAUCAUAA